UUUUGAACCUGUGAUCAUGCUAGGUGAUGCGGAGCCGGACUGGGGAUUCUUCCAAUUCGCUGGGACAAAGGAAAUUCUUCGGCAAGGAAAACAGUGAAGUGUGAAAAGAGAUAUUUGGGAUUUUAUUUUUUAACACCUCACAGCCAGACGACUUGUCAGGACUACGGUGAUGUUUUCUUCUCUUUUUUUCCUCCUGUCUUUUUUGCCAGAGAUUUAACGGAGGACACACAAUUAAGAGCAAGCAAGGGGCACUGACAUCUAGCUAACGGAUAGUGGGUAAGCGCAAACACAUAUAAAUGUUUGACACAUGAAGAUCUUCCACACACGCCGCUGAAUCAUGGCCGAGAACAUAUCCGACACACGGAACAACCGAUUAAAAGGGUAAAAGGACUGGAUACGAUAGCAGGAGGACCGCUAAUUCUUUGCUCAACACGAACCGGAUGGGGCCUGCACCAUACCAGACAGCAUGACGCAGUACUUCAGAGCCAGCAACCGUCAUAAUUCUGAAGACACAAGCCGUGGCUAAUGGAUUACUACAACAAUCUAAAGUAGCAGGACAAGAGCACAGAUAAAACCAUUCUCCUCUUCCCCAAACAAGGGUGACGUGAUACAGCUGAUGGGAAGGAGGAGGGGGGUCACUUGUAAGCUGUUGUUGCCACCGCACACCUCCCUCCUGUUAACGGCCCCCACCCCUUCCCUGUCCUGAGGGAGCCCUGUGAACAUGCUGGCAAAGCCUGCGGGGACCUCCAGAGCAGAGUGCCUUCUCUUCCUCUUCCACUCGCAGCCCGGUCAGCCAGCCCGAGCCCUUUCCCCCGCGUCAUGUCCCAGAGAGACCAGGUGUCCCUGCUGCUGCUGCCCAACGCCUCCGACCCCCUGGACUCCAACGCCUCCCUGGUGGAGAGCGCUGACGGAGAGGAGCCUCUGCCCCUGCGCUGGGCCUCGCUGCUCAUCCUGCUGGUCAUCAUUCCCACCAUCGGGGGGAACAUCCUGGUCAUAAUGGCCGUGUCGCUGGAGAGGAAGCUGCAGAACGCCACUAACUACUUCCUGAUGUCGCUGGCCGUGGCGGACUUGCUGGUGGGCCUCCUGGUGAUGCCUCUGGCCCUGCUGAGCGUGCUCUUCAACUCAGACUGGCCACUUCCCGAGUUCCUGUGUCCCAUUUGGCUCUUCUUGGACGUGCUCUUCUCCACUGCCUCCAUCAUGCACCUCUGUGCCAUCUCCCUCGACCGGUACAUAGCCAUCAAGAGGCCCAUCCAGCACAGCCAGUACAAGUCCCGUGCCAAGGCCAUGGCGAAGAUUGCACUUGUGUGGAUCAUAUCGAUCGGAAUUGCCAUACCGAUUCCAAUCAAGGGCCUGAGAAUCUUCCAUCACCCAAACAACAUCACCUUCAACCAAAACCACACUUGUUUGCUCAAGCAGGACAGCUUCAAAGAUUUCAUCAUGUUUGGAUCGCUGGCAGCUUUCUUCAUACCACUCACUGUAAUGUUGGUCAUAUAUCUGCUGACCAUCCAGGCCUUGCGCAAAAAGGCCUACUUGCUCAGGUCACGGGUGACUCAGCGCUAUUCUAGGCCCACCAUCUCCACAGUGUGCCAGCGUGAUCAACCCAACUCUUCUCCAUCAGACUCCACCAAACUAGCCAUGCUAGAAGGGGUCAAGAGAAACCGAACUGGUAGCCCCCAAAACCCCUUCACGGGGCAGGACAUCCCUAUGCGGAGACUGUCAACCAUGGGUAAAAAAUCCAUGCAGAACAUCAGCAACGAGCAGCGGGCAUCAAAGGUGUUGGGUAUAGUGUUUCUGCUGUUUGUAGUAAUGUGGUGUCCUUUCUUCAUCACAAAUGUAACGGCAGUAUUCUGCAAGAGCUGUGACAUUAAGGUGGUGGGUCGGCUCAUGGGUAUUUUCGAGUGGAUUGGCUAUGUUUCCUCCGGAGUCAACCCCUUGGUUUACACGCUUUUCAACAAGAACUUCCGCGAGGCGUUUGCCCGCUACAUCACCUGUAACUACAGCGGCGGGCCCAGGCCCCCGAAAGUGCAGCAAAAGACCCUGACGCGGAUCUCUUUCCGUUCCUCCGUGGCUGAGAACUCAAAGCUCUUCAUGAAAAAUGGAAUGAAGAAUGGCAUCAGCCCAGUGAACUAUCAGAGCCCUCUGCGGAGGAGAUCGGCACCGAUCCAGUCCUCUACCAGCGUGUUGCUGGACACUUUGCUGCUCACAGAAAACGAUGACGGCAAGCCGGAUGAAAAUGUUAGCUAUGUGUGACCUUUUCAACUGGAUGUCACUAGACACAACAAGGGACAGUCAGUAAAUACUGUGGCUUCCUAAGAACCUGACUGGCAAAAAAGCUCUACUAAUAGGUGGAAGUAUGAUCUGGUAAUAUCAAGCCUAAUGAGUUGACGAGGCUGAAACAGGACCCCAUAAUGGAUGCCAGCAGUUGUUGGACUAAAAGAAAGUGUGGACAUUCAGUUCAUCUUUAUUCUAUAACCCAACUUGCUUGCUCUAUAUGUUGACCCAACUUGCUAGCUCUCAAUAUGUUGACAAGUCAAGCAUGGGGGAAAACACAGCAUGGAUCAUUUGAGCCUUCUAUGUACACAUGUACAACUGUUCUUGAAUGUCACCUGGUUUUACUGAAAAGAUGAAAGACUACGUUUUUUGUGCCAAAUAAGCAAAAGAUUUAUAAUUUGCCCUUACAGUCUGAUUUUUUAUGUUUGGAGAAAAAAUGCCAACCAAUGAUUGUAGAUGCUAAGUGAGACAAAGAAAUCUGUGGGCAGACUUUGGUGUCCUUGCCAAAUAAAACAAAUAAAGGUUAGAGACAGACACAUUUCAGCAUUCAUAGAGAACAACCUUGAAAAAUAUGCAAAGCUGGGUUUGCCAUAACACAGACGUAUCUAUUAUUAAUGACUGUUUACUUAAGUUUUCAUAAUGAACUGUCAUGAAUACAACAGUGAGAAAAAUACUACACCUCAAACCAGAUUUUCAUUCCUCUACUUUUGCAACAAUGUGCAAGAGCUAGAAUCAUAAGGCCAUGGUAAAGAUAUCUGAAUGUAGGUGAGUGGACUUACUAACAACCAAAAACACCUCAAACAUCCAUCAUCGGAUUUGUGCAUGAGCCCAUAAUGGCUAAAGCUAGUAAUAAAAUCUCAACCAGCCUUUCUGUGAUUAAUCACCUUUCACGAAUGCAUCCCAAGUAAAAUCCAUCAGAAGGACACCAAAU